AUGAGUGACGAAAGACUACCUAGACAAUGCUUUAAUAGGCUUAGAGCUCUAGACUCAUCCAUUGGAAAACCUGAUCCAACUUAUAACUGGGUUACCCAAGUAAAGAUGAUUGCGGCGGAACUUGGAUGUCAGGGGCUGUUUUCUUGUGUUUUCUCUCAAGGUCUGAUGAGGUUCAAAGAUGAAAUCAUGGAAAAAAUAAGAAACCAUCACGCAUCCAACGAUAUCGACAGAGUGUUAAACUCUAAAUCAAAUCCAAGAUAUAGAAAAAUCUGCUCCUUUAAUGUUACCAGACCAGAGGAUUAUCUUCAGUUCAGGGCUCUGAAUUUAAACAAAUUAAGAGCCGUUAGUCGUCUCAGAGUAGCAAAUAAAGAUUUUAUGAAAAUAUACUUCAAAGAUGCUACUUCGACUAUUAAAUCCGGUGAGGAUGGCUUGAGAUCCAUCCAUCUUGUCGGAAGGUGGCUCCCCCCUGCGGCGGAUAUCUUAACGAGCAGUUUACCGCAUUCCCUCCUGGUUAUCACCUCCAUUCAUUCCCUCUUCCUAACCUAA